CUCGCAUAAAAACUUAUCAGCGCAAGGCAAGGUAACUUAGUUGAUUAUCGAAAGCACAUACGCGAACUUCCACUAAGAGACGAGCGCGCGCUGGUUUAGACUGAAUAAACACCGGACUUAAAUAACUACAAUUAAAAUAAACAAAAGCGACAAAUAUAAACAAAACCUCAACUAGUUACAGCAUGCAAUUUCUACGUCUAAUCUCGUUGUUGAUGCUGGGCGUCAUCCUUCUGGCCACGUCAUCUUGCCUGACCACAGCAGCUGUACUCGACGACGAGGGCAGACCACUAUGUCCCUGUCCACGCAACUUUGAUCCCGUUUGCGCAGCCAAUUUGGUCACCUAUUCAAAUCGCUGCGAAUACGACUGUGUACGCCGGGAUGUGGAACGUAGAGGACGUAGUCUCAAUCUAUUGCGUUCCGGAGCGUGCUAAGUGUUAACUGGUGCAUUAAAAUUUAAUUCAAAUUGAUGUGAGAAAUUUUUUUACAUUUACAUAAUGAUUACAAUAUGUAGUUCGGCUUAUUGAAUGUAUUUAUACCUUUUUAAAUGUUUUUACAAUUUUAUCAAACAAACUAUUGUGUGAACUAUUUAUAUAAACCAUAUAUUUUGCUAUGAAUAAAAAGCGUUGUUUUGUUUUAAA